GGAAGGGAGGAGGCGCCAUCUUAUGCCGUGUGAUUGAAGCCGCAGGAGUCGGCGCUUGUGGAGGCGGGCGGGCAUUCGGGCAUCGUCGGAACAAUCUGGAACAUUGGCUUGUACAGUUUUAUAUUUUUGCACGCCUGCGAAAACAACGGCAUCCAUCCCCGAUCCAGAGUGUCGCCAACUUGGUUGCUCUCCCGGCACCGAUUGCCUGUGCUGUAACCGGCUCCGGCCCGUUAGUGACAGGAUUUGCUGUGGUGCGGAAAAUCAAGGCGGCAUCACUGCUCUUGUCUCCUCCAGUUGACAGGAAAGGACCGUGAGUGUGAAGCAAACGGUGGCCGGUUUUACAAUCUGACGGGCGGACGGAGGAUGUAUGACACCAUGUCUACAAUGGUGUAUUUAAAGGAAGAUAAAUUUGAAAAACUCUCCCAGGAGGAGAUAAUUGGAAAAACAAAGCAGGUGAUUCAAGGGAUUGAGGCAUUAAAAAAUGAACACAACUCCAUUUUGCAUAGCCUGCUGGAAACCCUGAAGUGCCUGAAAAAAGACGAUGAGAUGAAUUUGGUUGAAGAAAAAUCCAACAUGAUUCGAAAGUCCCUCGAAAUGUUGGAACUUGGUCUCAGUGAGGCACAGGUUAUGAUGGCAUUAUCUAAUCACUUAAGUGCAGUGGAAUCGGAAAAACAGAAACUGCGGGCUCAGGUGCGUCGGUUAUGCCAGGAGAACCAAUGGCUACGAGAUGAGCUGGCAAACACACAACAGAAAUUGCAGAAAAGUGAACAGAGUGUAGCUCAACUGGAAGAGGAAAAGAAACAUUUAGAAUUUAUGAAUCAACUAAAAAAAUUUGAUGAAGAUCUUUCACCACUGGAAGACAAGGACACAGAUUCAUCCAAAGAACCCCUUGAUGAUCUUUUCCCAAAUGAAGAUGAUGAACCUGGGCAGGGAAUUCAGCAACAACAUAGCAGUGCAGCUGCUGCAGCACAGCAAGGUGGUUAUGAAAUUCCAGCCAGACUAAGGACUCUACAUAACUUAGUCAUACAGUAUGCUUCACAAGGCAGGUAUGAAGUCGCUGUACCUCUUUGUAAACAGGCUCUUGAAGAUUUGGAGAAAACAUCGGGGCACGACCAUCCUGAUGUUGCCACGAUGCUAAAUAUUCUUGCUUUGGUGUACAGGGACCAGAAUAAAUACAAAGAGGCUGCAAACCUGUUGCAUGAUGCUUUGGCUAUUCGGGAGAAGACUUUGGGUAAAGACCAUCCAGCGGUUGCAGCCACAUUAAAUAAUCUUGCAGUACUUCAUGGAAAAAGAGGAAAAUACAGAGAGGCUGAGCCCAUGUGUAAAAGGGCAUUGGAGAUCCGUGAGAAGGUGCUGGGCAGAGAUCAUCCUGAUGUGGCCAAACAACUAAAUAAUUUAGCACUAUUGUGCCAGAACCAAGGGAAGUAUGAAGAAGUAGAGUAUUACUAUGAGCGAGCAUUGGAGAUUUACCAAACCAAACUUGGGCCUGACGAUCCCAAUGUGGCAAAGACAAAAAAUAAUUUGGCAUCUUGCUACCUAAAGCAAGGAAAGUUCAAGCAAGCAGAAACAUUGUACAAGGAGAUUCUCACUCGUGCUCACGAGAGGGAAUUUGGCUGUGUGGAUGAUGAAAAUAAACCUAUAUGGAUGCAUGCCGAGGAAAGAGAGGAACAGUGCAAGGGGAAAUCCAAAGAUGGCACCACAUUUGGCGAGUAUGGAGGCUGGUACAAGGCAUGCAAAGUCGACAGCCCAACAGUGACAACAACAUUGAAGAAUCUUGGGGCUCUUUAUAAACGUCAGGGCAAGUUUGAAGCAGCAGAAACACUGGAAGAAGCAGCUUUGAGAUCUCGUAAACAAGGUCUUGAUAAUAUCCACAAACAAAAAGUAGCUGAAGUACUUAAUGAUCCUGAAAGUAUAGAGAAAAGAAGAAGCCGUGAAAGUCUGAAUGUGGAUGUGGUAAAAUAUGAGAGUGGUCCUGAUGGUGGUGAGGAAGUGAGUAUGGGCGUGGAGUGGAAUGGGAAGAAAUCCAGAGACUAGAGGUUUAUCUUUUGUAAAUUUGUAUUUUUGUUGGUACUGUGUACUGUACAAUUCUUUAUUUAUCUUGUAUUUGGCUUGCUCACUUUUUCAGUAUAUAUUCACCUUGCUGUAAAUUUUAUGUAAAUAUGAGUUUUUAAGUAUUUUUUUCCAUGUGGAUUUUUGUAUUUUCAAGUAUACAUUAUAGUUAACACUAUUUCUGGGUCAUUUCUUCCUUUCACUGCCGUUUCGGUUGUUAGAAAUGCCUUUCAAAUUACAAACAAAUUAACUAUGACAUUUCUAAUUGACCAUUGCUGCUCAUAGUACUGGCUAUUUAAGUUAUUUUCCCUUAAGGUCUGCUUUUCUUAAACAUCUGUUAAGUUUGCAUGUCUUAAAUGUAAGAAAAUUAAAAAAUUGUCUGAAGUGUAACUGGACCAAUUUAUCAACUACUGAUUUUCAUUUUAAUAGUCAUUAUGAUAACUUUUUAAAAACAAUAAUCUAAUCAGUCAAAAUUGUUAUUAGUGCAAAGGUUUUUUUUAUAUGAAUACACAUUAUAGCUAAUUUAUUUGUUAUCUUCACCUUAAGAAUUAAUGAAAAUUAUUAUUUUAAUUCUAUGAUUCUAUGAUUUCUUGCAUAUGCCACCACAAACUAAGGGAUUUAUUUCAAAAAUACUUUUAGUGAAAUUUUAUAGUCAGCAGCAAUCAUACUUGAUACUUUAUUUUUAAAACAAUUAUGUACUAAGUUCUGGCAUGAAGUUUACUCUUGCUUGCUGUCUGGUGUCCUAACACCCAGAAACAAUGGUAUUGACAAGAUGAGUCAGCAGCCAAUUUCAUGCUGAAGGAUUCUCGCCCAGAAAUAAAGUAGGGUAAUAAAAAAUAUAUUUUUUUUAUUGUCCGGCAUUUUACAGAGCACAAAUCAAAAGAAAGUACUAACUUGUAGUAAGGCAAAUUAGAACAAUAGGCAGGAACUAGGGAGUUGGGGGCAACUGUUAUUGGCCAAGUCCACUUCCCACAUCUGGGAGUCAUUUAAAGACCAGCUGACCAGAGUUCAGGACUGGAUGUUCUAGUAAGCAGGAGGAACAAGGGUGGCAAGGUAAGGGAUUCUUGGAUAUGAGGGAGAUUAUAAAUUUGGUCAAAAAGAAAAAGGAAGCAUAUGUAAGCUUGGGGAUGAAAUCAGAUAAUGCCUCUGAGGAAUAUAAAGAAAGCAGGAAAGAAUUCAAGCAAGGAAUUAGGAGGACCAGAAGGGGCCAUGAAAUGGCAUUGCAGGUCAGAUUCAAGAAAAUCAUUAAAAAUAAAGGGGUGACUAUGGAGAGGGUAGAACCACUCAAGGAUAAAGGAAGGACCUGAUGCUUGAGUCGGAGAAUGUACCCCAAGGCAAGGUACUAAACAAGAACUUUGCAUCAUAUUCACCAAGGAGAAGUACCUGCAGGGUAGUGAAGGUAGACAAAAAUGCUGGAGAAACUCAGCGGGUGAGGCGGCAUCUAUGGAGCGAAGGAAAUAGGCGACUUUUUGGGUCAAGACCCUUCUUCAGAUUGAUGUGGGGGGGGAAGAAGAAAGGAAGGCGGAGACAGUGGGCUGUGGGAGAGCUGGGGAGGGGAAAGAAGGAGAAAGCAGGGACUACCUAAAAUUGGAGGUCAAUGUUCAUACCGCUGGGAUGUAAACUGCCCAAGCGAAAUAUGAGGUACUGCUCCUCCAAUUUAUGGUGGGCCUCACUCUGGCCAUGGAGGAGGCCCAGGACAGAAUGGGAGUGCUGAACCACUGGGAGAUCAGGUUGUUUAUUGCGAACUGAGCAGAGGUGUUGGGCGAAGUGAUCGCCAAGCCUUCACUUGGUCUCACCGAUGUAGAGCAGCUGACACUUAGAGCGGCGAAUGCAAUAGAUGAGGUUGGAGGAGGUGCAGGUGAACCUCUGCCACACCUGGAAAGACUGCUUGGGUCCUUGGAUGGAGUCAAGGGGGAGGUAAAGCGGCGGGGUAGUGAGAUCAGUGUGGGGUAUAAACAUUUGCCGGGGGAUUUCUAGAUCAAGGACGAGGUGGUGUUGGAUUCUUCUGAGGUAGACAAGUCCUCGGGGUCUGAUUUGAUUUGUGCCAGGUUAUUGAAAGAGGCAAGAAAGAAGAUUGCUGGGGGCUUUACAAAGAUCCUCUCAGUCACCUAGACAAAGUCUGGAGAAUAGGAUUUACUAUUUGAAAGAGAAUGGCCUAAGUAGGGUAGGUUAUGUCUGUAAAUUUGAUUGUGUUUUUUGAAGCGGUGAUGAAGAUGAUUGAUGAGGGUAGGCAAUGGAUCUUCUUCUUCUUCUUGCUUAUGGCGUGCAUAGCCUAAAGUUGUAGGACAACUUGUUCUAUUUGAUCUUAUUUGAUUGUGCACGUCGGGUUGAUUGCAUUUGUCGAAACAGGGCGGACCACGUGAAGGUUGCAAUCUUCCACCCCAGGCAAUGGAUGAUAUCUGUAAUGGCUUUAGUAAGGACCAUCAUGGUAGUAUAAUCCAGUAGAUUAAUAUGCACAAGAUUCAUGGUGCUUCCCUCCUUUUUGUCUGAUAAGCAUAGAUGUUAUUUGUGAUAUUAAUUUGGUCCCCAACUUGAGUGGCUUAGUUUAGUUUAUUUUAGUUUAUAGUUUAUUAUUGUCACGUGUACUGAGAUACAGUGAAAAGCUUUUGUUUGCGUGCUAUCCAGUCAAGCCAUCUAAUACACAGUAAAAGGAUAAAGAGUAUAACAUUUAGUGCAAGACAGUCUGAAUAAAGACUGAUUUAGUGCACAGGUCUCCAAUGAGAUAGAUAGGAGGUCAGGGUCAUACCCUAGCUGAUGAGAGGACCGUUCAGUUGCCUGAUAACAGCUGGGAAGAAACCGACCCUGAAUCUGGAGCCAUUUGGACUUUUAACAACUCCCUGCACUACUGCAAAAUAUAAUACUGUCUAAGUUACACCUUGUUUACAAAGAAUUUUUCCAAGGCUGUUGUAAUUUUGCAGAGUAGCUUAUUGUAUUAUUGUUACUAUUUCCCACCUGAAAUUCAGUUCAUUACCACAUUUGACAUGGGUGCUGGAGGCAGCCCUAAAGCAGUCGUCGAUGUAACGAGUUGGGGAACAGUGCCUUGGUAUGUUUGGAACAUAUUGUUCGACAUACCUAAUAUAAAGACAGGCAUAGCUGGGGCCCAUCCGAGUGCCCAUAGCUAAACCACUGUACCACAGAAAGUGAGACGAGUCAAAAGAGAAGUUGUGAAGGGUGAGGACAAGUUCUGCCACGCAGAGGAAAGUUUAAAUAGAGAGGAGCUUGGGUAGCUUACAGUUCAAAGGUAUGAAUGUUGAAUUCUACAACUCCAAGUAAUACUCCCCCUCCCGAGUACUCCCAUUUCUCCCACCAUCUGCCAACACCCCCCAAUUACCAUGCUCUUUUCCCCCUCUUUCUCUGUGUCACAUUCACAAGUUAUAGGAAUGGAAUUAGGCCAUUUGGCCCAUCGAAUCGACUCUGCCAUUCGAUCAGGGCUGAUCUCUGCCCCCAAUCCCACUUUCCUGCCUUCUCCCCAUAACCCUUGACACCUGUUCUAAUCAAGAAUUUGUCUAUCUCUGCCUUAAAAAUAUCCUCCGACUUUCUCUCCACAGGUCUCUGUGGCAAUGAGUUCCACAGAUUGACUACCCUCUGACUAAAGGAUUUCCUCCUCACUUCCUUUCUAAAAGAGCGCCCUUUAACUUUGAGUUUAUGACCUCUGGUCAUACAUCCACACCUGCUCUAUCUAUGCCUUUCAUUAUUCUGUAAGUUUCGAUGAGGCCCCCCCUCAACCUUCUAAACCCCAGCGAGUAGAGGCCCAGUGCUUUCAAACGCUCAUCAUAUGCUAACCCACUCAUUCCUGGAAGGAAUCAUUCUUGUAGACCUCUUCUGGACCCUCUUCAGAGCCAGCACAUCCUUCCUCAGAUAUUGGGCCCAAAUCUGCUCACGGUAGUCCAAAUGUGGCCUGACCAACACCUCAUAGAGCCUCAGCAUUACAUUUCGGCGUCUUUCUCUGUCUCUCGCACUCCCUCUCUCUUUCCCACCCACCCCCAUGUUGGCUCCUGAUUGCAUCCCACCCCUCUUCCCAAGUACUAUCCAUUUUCUUUCCCUCUGUUUGCUUUGCUCUUUCAAUGCUGCAUAUAUAAGCAAUAGGUAUGUUUUGUAAUUUAAGCAAAGAUGCUGGAUUUUCUAAGUGGUGAGCAGAAAGUGUGACCUGGAAAUACUGUUCAUGUAUUUACCUUAAACAAUUGAAACUGUUGAAGAUUCUGCCACAGUUUUGACUUUUUUUCCCUCCAUUUUUGUCUGACAGGCAUAGAUACCUUUUGUGAUACUAAUUCUGUUUCCGACUUGAAUGGCAUACACCAUCUUCAGGCUUUUAACAACUCUCUGCUUACUGCAAUAUGUAACAUUGUCUUAGCUGCACUUUGUUUACAGAGAACAUUUCAAGGUUGUUGUAAUUCUGCAGAGUAGCUUAUUGUAUUUUUGUUACUUCUUCCCCUCUGAAAUUCAAUUCAUUACCACAAUUGACUGAAUCAACCAUUUAUACCAAUGUCAGCAGUCUACCUAUCAUAGAGGACAUAAACUCUACCAUGAGAAUACAUGUCUAAUACUAAGUUAAUUAACUGCACAGUCACCUGUUUAUUGGUUAUCAGGCUUGUGUUGCAUUCAAUUGAGUCUCCAUUUGGUAACUCAUGUAACUACAAGACAGAUUUAUUGAUUUGCCUUGUAAAAUUACUGCUUUAGAAUGAGAAAAAUAUUAAAAUGCAUGAUUGUGUACAGCUAGAAUUUCCCUAAAAUCUAGGCAUGUUCUUUAUGUACUCAUUUAAACUCUUGUGGUCUACUCUAUGAAACUAUUAUUGUUGAUAAGUGCUUUUUUUAUUCUGGGUGAACUGUGUAUUCUCUUUGGAGAAUUUAACUACUUUCUAAUGGAUUCUUAAUUGUCUGGAGGUGUGUGUAAAUGUCUCCUUUCUAACUCUCAAUAAACUAGCUCAGUAUCUUAACUAAUUUGUCUUUUGUCUCUGUGAUCUGCUUUGUAAUGCUUCCCUUUCUCCUGCACUCUCUAAAAUGAAAUUCGAGAACACCAAGGCUUGCUAUAUGUACAUUUGCAGUCACAUAAUUGUAAAUUACUGUAGACACAAAGUGCAGGAGUAAAUCUGCAGGUUAGGCAGCAUAUCUGAAGAAAAAGGAUGGGUGACGUUUUGGGUCGGGACCCUUCUUCAGACAUAAAUAUGUCUAAAGAAGGGUUCUGACCUGAAACAUCAUCCAUCCUUUUUCUCCAGAGAUGCUGCCAGUCCUACUGGGUUACUCUAGAACUUUGUGUCUAUCUUCGGUAUAAACCAGCAUCUGCAGUUCCACUCUAUUAGAUGUGGCCCUUGUGGCUAAGGGGAUCAGGGGAUAUGGAGAGAAGGCAGGUACGGGAUAGUAAGUUGGAUGAUCAGCCAUGAUCAUAUUGAAUGGCGGUGCAGUCUCGAAGGGCCGAAUGGCCUACUCCUGCACCUAUUUUCUAUGUUUCUAUACGUAAUUGUAAGAUAUGCUUCUCUAUAAUGUAGACUGUAACAUAGGCGUCAGAAUUAAGGACAUGUUAGUGCAAUUACUAACGAUCAACAUUGAUUUGUUCUGGCCCAUAGAUUAUGCAUUUUAAUGAAGCUCUUUAAUUAUGCACCUUGUAGUUUUGAAGUAUCCCUGGAGGAAAGAAUGCCUUCGAUAUUAUAUUUAAUUUCAUGUAAUAUAUAGCUUAUCUAAAAUGUUGAAAAUUUAUCAUGAUUUUUAAAUUGGAAAGGGAGGAUUUAAUCUCUCAUGGAAAGUUGUAUGUCUUCUUGCAAACAGUAUUGGCAAAUAUUACAUAACAUCUGCAGUAUCGAAACGGAUAUUUAGCAUUUCUGCUCCACACAAGCUUCUUCCCACGUCUUAACUGUCAAUAUUUUCCUGCAUUUUAUUCUGUUUUAAAAUUCAUACGUUAUUCACCUAAAUUACUCUGUGAAAGAAGUUCCACAUUCCAGUUGCUCACCAGAUGAAAAUAUUUCUUAUGAAUUCAUACUGUUAUUUUAUAGCUCAUGACCUGUAAUUUAGUACACUCAAGUGGAAAUUUAUUUGCAACGAUCCUUUUGAAUCCAUUUUCUCCAAGAAAAGGGCCUUAGUCAUUAUUUUCUGAUGGAACCUUGUGCAUUUAUUGAUCAAACCUUGUGUUCUUCCUGUUCGUGCAGAUGAUUUUUGAGCUUUCCAGAAAGUUUCCAUACUUUGGAGACCAGAAAUGUACAUGGCAUUCAAAAUAACCUUAUGAUGAAAGUAAUUUGGCAGAGCCAAAUAAAACUUCGACAAUAUUGUUCAAGAAAUCUUGAUAUGUUAAUAAAUGUGCAUUAUUGCACAUGAUCAUGUUUUUUUUUUAAAAACAACCAAAUUCUGUAGUUUUUACCGUGAAGAUCAGGUGCAUAAAGUUUGUGCAUUUUAUCAACAAGGUGACCAAUAUGAUUUAUUUUAAAACAUUUAACACCUGUUUAACAUCUAGUUGUGUCUCUGAGCAUUCCUACAUUCAGCUGGAAAAUAUACCAAUUGUGCUUAAUUCUUGAACUGCAAUAAUAUUUCUACCUCAGCCGUUGCACUCCAAUAGGCUCUUUACAAUUGAUUCAGCCAUUGAGAGCCAAUUAAGUGAAACGUGUUCACGAGAAACACUAAUUUGUGCUUCAGCUAAAGCCAAUCUCAGUUGGAAUCCGGUUUAUUUUAUGUAAAAGGUUGUAAGGUUGUGUUAUUGUUCUGGGUGUUGGCUCAUUCAUUUCAAUUAGAAUUUAUAAUGUGUACUCCCAAGCAUAAAUGUGUUCUAAUGGAGAGCACAGAACUAUAUUAAGAAAGUAAAUUAUUUCUGUAAGAAAAUGCAACAUGUGAAUUUGAUUUUUUUUGUUUAUAGUUUUUUCAAAUCAAUGCAAAGCUAUUUGAUCUAAAUGCGGCACCAUUUUAUUUAUAUGUGGAAUGAUAAAUGUCAGAAUUUCUAUUCACAAUAUAAACAUGCUGAUAAAAUGCUUUUUUUUUUAGCCUUUCAUGGGAGAAAGUGCAUGAAAAAUGCAAUAUAUAUUGACCAUUAGAACUUAGUAACGUAGAACUGCUGAUCUUGUUGAAAAAGACCAGAACUGUGUACACAAUGUGUAAUCCAAUAUAGAGACCAGAUUUCUAACAGCUGUUGUCAGCAGUCGUUUUUCAAAUAAUUGGCAUCUUCUAUAGACAAAUGUUAUUUAAAUGCAUAAUUGAUGUGUUUCUUAUAAAACAGAAUAAUGAAGUUACAAAUAAGCAUUUGCAUAUAAUAACUUGUAUAUUCAUGCAAAAAAUUAACAUCAGCACUUGUAAUGUUGGCAGCGAUUCAUCUAAAACACAUCGGUAAUGUUAUGGAAAGAUAUGUUGUAGUGUUUCUCUUAACAGUUUCUUGCACAGGAUCUGUUAAUGUUCACACUUAAAGUUACAUUGAUCCUGUUAAGGUAGACUUGGCAUUUACAUCCUCUAUUAUUUGG